AUGGCUUCUUCUUCGGUAAUCACUCCUGAAGAUGUUUUGGAAUCGCUUAUGAACGAUGGCACAAUUGAUGCCCUUAGGUUGAAGAUCAUCAACCAGCUUAAAGCCAAUGAGGAACUAAAAAGUACUACUAUAAAGAUGGCUGAACAGAGUAAGGUUCUGAAUACCCCUGGGGCUGAGAAACAAACCAAAAGAGAGCUCUUUGAUGCUCUUCGCCAAGAACUUGAAGCUUCUGUACUUGAGAAAGCUUCAAAAUCAGUUUGGGAUUUAAUUUUAGACAACAAUGGCCUGGGGAAGGAGAUAAGUGAGACAGUUGAAAGAGUGUUUUGCCGAUUGAGUGGCCAGGAACCUCCUUUAUUUCCACUUCUAAAUGGAGAACCACAACCUGAAAAGGAGGCUGACAGCAGAAAAGAAAAAGGUAAAGGAAAGCAGAAAGAAAAUGAAAAUACGAGUUUGAUUACUCCUCCAUCAAAGAAAAGAAGUUUCGGUGAAUUAAAUUUGGAUGGUGCAGAUGAAACUGCCCCCAGGUCCUCUGAUCCCGUAGCGACAUCAGAAGCUUAUGGAAGAUCGCCUUUAUCGAUUUCGAAGACUUGA